AAAUCGACGGUGCUCCUUGAGCCGUCGCCCACCAUCCGGCCUGCGGUCGGCGGGGAGAGCCCGGACCGGGCUGGAAGUAACGGGCGGCUCGCGGUGCCGCGAUUAACACUAAAACCCCACAAUGUCCUUGAAACCACGAGUGGUUGACUUCGAUGAAACAUGGAACAAACUUCUGACAACAAUUAAGGCUGUUGUUAUGUUGGAUUAUGUUGAAAGAGCAACGUGGAAUGACCGCUUCUCAGACAUUUAUGCUUUGUGUGUGGCCUAUCCUGAACCUCUUGGAGAGAGACUUUAUACUGAGACAAAGAUUUUCUUGGAAAAUCACGUACGCCAUUUGCACAAGAGAGUUUUGGAAUCUGAGGAACAAGUACUGGUUAUGUAUCACAGAUACUGGGAAGAAUAUAGCAAGGGAGCAGACUAUAUGGACUGUUUAUACAGGUACCUCAACACACAGUUUAUUAAGAAGAACAAAUUGACUGAAGCUGAUCUUCAGUAUGGUUAUGGUGGUGUGGAUAUGAAUGAACCACUGAUGGAAAUAGGAGAGCUAGCUCUUGAUAUGUGGAGAAAAUUAAUGAUUGAGCCACUACAGGCCAUCCUUAUUCGAAUGCUCCUCCGAGAAAUCAAAAACCCAAGCACUCCUUCUUCAAGUCAAGCUGAAUAUCAACUUAAGCAUUUUUGUUUCAACACAACAGGAGGCCGACAAGAUCUUGAAUUUGAUCGCUGUGGAGAAGAUCCAAACCAGAAAGUAAUCCAUGGGGUUAUUAACUCCUUUGUUCAUGUUGAACAGUAUAAGAAAAAAUUGCCCCUAAAGUUUUAUCAGGAAAUUUUUGAGUGUCCUUUUCUGAAUGAAACAGGGGAGUAUUAUAAACAAGAAGCUUCAAAUUUAUUGCAAGAAUCAAAUUGCUCACAAUACAUGGAGAAGGUUUUAGGUAGAUUAAAAGAUGAAGAAAUGCGGUGUCGGAAAUACUUGCAUCCCAGCUCAUAUGGUAAAGUGAUUCAUGAGUGCCAGCAGAGAAUGGUAGCUGAUCACUUGCAGUUUCUACAUGCAGAAUGUCACAAUAUUAUCAGACAAGAGAAGAGAAGUGACAUGGCAAAUAUGUAUACUCUACUUCGUGCUGUGUCAAGUGGUUUACCUCAUAUGAUUCAGGAACUACAAAACCAUAUCCAUGAUGAGGGCCUUAGAGCAACCAGCAAUCUUUCUCAGGAAAAUAUGCCAACUCAGUUCGUGGAGUCGGUUUUGGAAGUACAUAGUAAAUUUGUUCAGCUCAUCAACACAGUUUUGAAUGGUGAUCAACACUUUAUGAGUGCCCUUGACAAGGCUUUGACAUCAGUUGUUAACUACAGGGAGCCCAAGUCAAUCUGCAAAGCACCUGAGUUGCUGGCCAAGUACUGUGACAACUUAUUGAAGAAGUCAGCAAAAGGAAUGACUGAGAACGAAGUAGAAGACAAACUUACAAGUUUCAUUACUGUUUUCAAGUACAUUGAUGACAAAGAUGUAUUCCAAAAGUUCUAUGCCAGAAUGUUGGCAAAAAGAUUAAUUCAUGGUUUAUCUAUGUCUAUGGACUCUGAAGAAGCCAUGAUUAAUAAACUAAAGCAAGCCUGUGGUUAUGAAUUUACCAGCAAGCUUCAUCGAAUGUAUACAGACAUGAGUGUUAGUGCUGAUCUCAACAAUAAAUUCAACAACUUUAUCAAAAACCAGGACACAAUUAUAGAUUUGGGAAUUAGUUUUCAGAUAUAUGUUCUACAGGCAGGUGCAUGGCCUCUAACUCAGGCUCCUUCUUCUACAUUUGCAAUUCCUCAGGAACUGGAAAAAAGUGUACAGAUGUUUGAAUUAUUCUACAGUCAGCAUUUUAGUGGAAGGAAGCUUACUUGGUUACAUUAUCUCUGUACAGGUGAAGUAAAAAUGAAUUAUUUGUGCAAACCUUAUGUAGCCAUGGUCACAACGUACCAAAUGGCAGUGUUGCUUGCCUUCAACAACAGUGAAACUGUCAGUUAUAAGGAGCUUCAAGACAGUACGCAAAUGAAUGAGAAGGAACUGACAAAAACUAUCAAAUCCUUACUUGACGUUAAAAUGAUCAACCAUGACUCAGACAAGGAGGAUGUGGAGGCAGAGUCUACAUUUUCAUUAAAUAUGAACUUCAGCAGUAAACGAACGAAAUUUAAAAUUACUACAUCAAUGCAGAAGGACACACCACAGGAGAUGGAGCAGACCAGAAGUGCUGUAGAUGAAGAUAGAAAAAUGUAUCUUCAAGCUGCUAUAGUCCGUAUCAUGAAAGCACGUAAAGUGCUGCGACAUAAUGCUCUUAUUCAGGAGGUAAUUAGCCAAUCAAGAGCUAGGUUUAAUCCAAGUAUCAGCAUGAUUAAGAAGUGUAUUGAAGUUCUGAUAGACAAACAGUACAUAGAGCGAAGCCAGGCCUCUGCAGAUGAAUACAGUUAUGUAGCAUGAUGUUGCUAUCCUGCAGGUAUGAUUGUAAGGAGAUCAUUGCUGUCACUGUUUGGUGUGUUCCUGUGGGAAGAGGCAGGCCUGUGCCUCCAUAAUUGGUCACUUGGCAGCCCCCGUUUUUCUGCUGUUUACAACAUCACCAGUGCCAUGUCAUGAGCGUCAAUGAAAAUGCCUAUAGAUAUUUCAAGCUCAUGUCAUUAUGACAUUUCUUAAAACUUUACUAAAAGAAUGAGUGAAGUAUUGCUGAGAUGUGGAAAUUUGGUUGGGUACCAUGCUUUUUUUUUUUUUUUCCUCCCCUUUCACGUUUGCAGUUGAUGUUUUUUAAUGUAUCUUAAGACAAAGUUAAAAAAAAAAAAAAAAGAAAAAAAAAAAAAGAAAACCUAAAUAUUGUAAUAUGACAGAUAACCUAAUAAUUGUAUCUACAUUAAAAAGAAAAAAGAAAAGAUGAACAUGAUACUGCUGCUUGUCAAAUAAAAAAAAUAAAGUUA